CAUUUACAUAUCCACUAUAGUCCACAAUUAAAUUUCUGUCUAAAUAAUCUUCACUAAAGCCUCUUCUAAGAAAUAUUAUAUGAAGAGUGACAUGCUUGAAUUUCCUAGUGUUGAUAAGGCAACCAUGAAGAGCAACCGAUGUGUCGUCCUACCAGCUAAUGUUCCUAUGAUUGCUCAUUCCUUAAAACGGAAAAACCAAAACUGGAUUGCCAGGGCAAAUUCCGCUAAUGAUUUAAUCAUACAAAUUGGUGAUUCCAAUUUUCACUUGCAUAAGCUUGCCAUGGUCUCAAGAAGCGAAUAUUUGAAUAGGCUUGUCUUGACAAGAGCAAACAACAUAGAAGACAAUACUACUACUACUACUACCAUUCGAAUAGACAAUCUUCCAGGUGGUAGAAAAACUUUAGAGUUAGUAGUCAAAUUCUGUUACGGUUGGAAAUUUGACAUGACUAAAUCCAACAUUGCUUCAUUAUAUUCCGCCGCAAAUUUCUUAGAAAUGUCUGAAGAAAUUGAACAACAAAAUCUCAUUUCCAUGACAGAAUCAUUUCUAACCUUUCUAUUAUUUUCUUCAUGGAAAGACACAUUUUGUAUACUCAAAAGUUGUGAAUCAAUUUCCCAUUGGGCCAAAGAGUUACAAAUAGUGAAACGUUGCUCAGAAGCAAUAGCUUGGAAGUCAUGUGCAAUUCAAAAUGUGCAAAGCAAAACUAAUAAUCCUUGGUGGUUUGAAGAUGUAUCACUUUUACGUAUCGAUCAUUUUAUUGAAGUGAUUCAAUUGAUCAAAAAGCGCGGAAUGAAAUCAAAUCUUGUUGGUUCUUGUAUACAAUAUUGGACUACAAAAUGGUUCUCUGAAGUUACACUUGGAUUUGAUCAUAAUGUGACUCCUAAACACAUGACAAUAAAGUUGCAUAGAGUUUCAAUAGAGUGUUUGAUUAAAAUGCUUCCUAUUGAAGAAAAUUCAGUGUCUUGCAAUUUUUUGCUUCAAUUGUUAAAGGUAGGGAUGGUGUUGAAAAUCAAUGAUGAGUUGUUGUGUGUGGUAGAAAGAAGAGUUGUUUUAAUGUUGGAGCAGUGUAGUGUUCAAGACUUAUUGGUUAAAAAUCAUGGAGAUAAAGAUUCUUUGUAUGAUGUUGAUGUUGUUGUUAAAGUGUUGCAAUGUUAUGUUUGUGGCAUGUCAAGUAAUCAUGCAGCAAAACUUCAAACUGUUGGAAGGUUGGUGGAUGGUUAUCUAUCACAAGUUGCAAGGGAUCAGAGGGUUAAAGUGGAAAGUUUCAAGUUGCUUGUUGAAGCAUUGCCACAAAAUGCUAGAGACUUUGAUGACAAUCUCUAUAGAGCAAUUGACAUGUACCUUAAGGCACAUCCAUAUUUGACAGAAGAAGAACGAGAAAAUGUGUGUAGUGUCUUGGAAUACCAUAGAUUAUCACAAGAAGCACGUAUGCAUGUGAUGAAGAAUGAUAGGUUGCCUUUGAAAUUAUCAACACAGUUUGUCCUUCUAGAACAAGUGAACAUGUCAUGGACAAUGGCAAGUAAUGGAUCAUAUUGCCAAAGAACUAGAACUCAGACAAACAUAAGGGUAAGCAAAGAUUUUAACAGACAAAUGAAUCACGAGAUAAAAGUGAUGAGAAAAGAUGUUGAAAUGAUGAAGUCUCAGCUCUUGGACCUAAAUACUUGCAAAAUGAAAAUCCAAAAGCAACUGAAGAUAUGCACUCAUUGAAGGAGAGAUAUAGAUGAUUAUUAUGUAAAAAGAAAACACUUUUUUUUUUUUUAUGAUAGCUUAUAUUGUUGUGCCUCAUAAGAAAUUUGAUUGCUAUAUUUAUCAGUCUCAUAUGUUGAAUAGGAAUGACAACAAUAUGCUGUUUUGGUCUUGCUAA